GCUUAUUCCAAGGUACAACUACUGGUCUUGAAUUAGUCGAUAAUAUUCGGCAGGAGAUACAAGCAUUAGUGGAAUAUGCAGAUGUUAUUUGUAAAUCAGCUGAUACAGAGUUUUCAAGAGUACACACAGAACUCACAGAAAUAGGGACAAAGUUGGGUCUGAAUAAUGAGAGGAUCUUGAAACUUGAAAAUACUGUGGCCUCACAAGGGAAGACAUUAUUGGAAUACGAAUCCUUAUAUGAUGCUGAUAUUCCCGAAAUUGAACGAUGGAAGCAAAAUAGUAAAGAUUUUAUCAAAACAGACAUUUUUACUGAUAUAUUAGAAAUAUUUGAAGACCAGCAUUGUGUACUGUUAUCUGGAGUUUCCGGAAUGGGGAAGACCCUUACUGCACAGAAUUUAGCAUUGCAGUUAUGCUAUGAAAAGGGAUACAGAAUAGUACCGUGCAGUAAUGUUAAAGACAUCAAAAAUAGAUUUAAAGAUAAUAUUCGUCAAGUGUUUUUUAUAGAUGAUAUUUUUGGGAAAUAUACAGCAAAUAUCAAGUAUAUUGAGAACUGGAUGAGAAUUGAGGACUUUGUCAAAUAUAUUCUAUCUAAGGGACUGUCAAAAGUAUUAGCCACUUGUCGUACAGAAAUCUUUAAACAGGAAAAUGUUCAAAAAGUGAUAAAGUCAUUUCAGAAACCAUUUGAUUUAACAGGGAACUAUUCAUCUGAAGAUAAAGUCAAAAUAGCCCGAAAAUAUCUCAAAGAGAAUGACAGAUUGUUAACAGAUAUUGUAAUAAAAAAAGAAUUUUCCCCAUUAAUGUGCUUUCUAUUCACUCAGCAUGACGUCUUUGAUGUAAAUGAGUUUCUAAACAGUCCAUACAAUAUGUUUUCUGAUGAGUGGGAUAAACUGAAAAUUUUUGACAGAGAGAAACUCUGUGUAUUAUUACUUUGUGUUAUAAACAACGGCACUAUCACCGAAACUAAUUUUGAUGUAACAAACAAUUUAGAAAUUAAGGAAGAAAUGAAAUUUAAAAUCAUUUUUGAUUGCUGCAGAUUAGGACGUGACACAUCUCUCUCAGCAAUUAAAGACAAACUGGACGCUUGCGUUGACACUUACUUUAUUAAAGUAGAUAAAGAAUACAAAGUUAUACACGAUAAAAUGUUUGACUUUUUAUGUGAUUACUUUGGUAAAUCAUUAGUCGCGCCGAUUCUGAAAUUUGCAGAUGAUAAAUUAAUAUCUGAACGUGUACAACUAGAGUCACUACAAAAACCACAUGGUGAGUUUACAAUAAUUAUUUCUUCGACUGAUGAACAGAAAUAUUUAGAUAGGCUUAAAUUGGACCUUAAAAAUGGAAAAAUACAUUGGUGUUUGAACAAUGUGCAAAUGAGAUACAAAGAGUACAGAGAAAAGUUGUUAGAUGUUAUGAAAGAUAUAGAUGAUGACGUUAAAAGGAGAUGUAUUGAUAUCAAGGAUGACAAUGGGAUUAACGCCUUCAUCAUUUCGUGUAUGCGUGGUUAUGAAGAAAUUGUUGAUCUUUUUAUUUCUGUGGGAGCUGAUGUUGAUGCACAAAAUGGAUGGUUCACGCCAUUGACAGCUGCGUGUCGGGAAGGACAUUUACGCACGGUCGAAAUCCUACUGGAUAACGGAUCGAACUUAAACGAAACUAAUAAAAAUGGCGAAACACCAAUUUAUACUGCAUGUUUUGGUGGGCAUUACAGUUUAGUUAAACAACUAAUAGAUAAACAUGCUGAUAUGAAUAAAAGAAAUAGAUAUAAUCGCACACCCUUGUAUGUUUGUUGUUUAAGUGGUCAUGAAAGCAUAGCACGACUUUUGAUUGAAAAAGGAGCAAAUGUUUGCGAAUGUAGCGAUUCACUAAUAGUUGCUAGCCAUGGUGGCUAUGACAAAAUAGUUGAAAACCUAAUUUUAAAAGAAGACUGUUGCAUAAAUAGUGUCGAUACGAGCGGGAAAACUGCUUUAUUUAUUGCAUGCGAGGAGGGCUAUACAAGGAUAGUGAAGUUAAUCAUUGAUAAUAAUGCCGACAUUUUUACAGUCGAUAAUGAUGGAAAAACGCCACUUCAUGCUGCCUGUUAUGGUGGACACAAUGAUAUAGUCAGAAUGUUAAUAAACAAAAAUGCAGAUGUAAACAUGCUUGAUGUGGAUUUAGAAUCACCUUUGCACAAAGCUUGUAGGAAAGGCUCUGUAGACUUAAUACAAACACUGUUGGAAUAUGGAGCAGAUAUCAACCAUCCGAAUAGAGACGCACACACCCCUUUACAUUUGGCAAAGACAGAGGGUGAAAUUGUGGAUGAACGCAUUUUGAAACCUUUAGGGGAAGACGAAAUAGGACCAAAUAAAGAUUCAAAUGUAAAAGAAAACAGAAAAGAUAAACUUCAGAAACAAGACACUACCAGCAAUUUGAUUAGAAAUGGAUGGACUCCUUUAUACGAAGCAUGUGUACAAGGAGACAUAGAAACUUUUAAGUCGCUGAUAAAAAAUAGGGCAAAUGUAAACAUGCAAACGAACUUUGGUGAAAUGCCUUUGGUUGCUGCUUGUCAACAAGGCCAUGGUUUCUUGAUAAAAAUGUUACUAGAAGAAAGAGCAGAUAUUAAUCAAGCGUUGUAUUGUGCUGUUCAAAAGGACUGUGAUAGAGCGGUUAAAAUUCUUUUAUAUAAAGGGGGAGAUUUAGGCUAUAAAGGAGUUGAUGGGAAAUCGCUCAUAACAUUGGCAUGUAAACAUGGUUCAAUUAAGGCAAUCAAAAUUCUGUCAGAUCAAGGUGCGGAUUUUACAGAAAGAGAUGUUAAUGGGAGAACAUUGAUACACGUUGCAUGCGGUACAAAUAGCGUCGAAUUACUCCAGUUUCUAAUAGACAAGGGCUUAGAUCUUAACAUACCUGAAAAAAAUGGAAAAUUUGCGCUUUUUGUGUCAAUAUACAAGGGGUAUUAUAAUGUAUCAGAAUUUCUAAUAGAAAACGGUUGUUCUAUAGCAAUAUUAGAGGAAGACACAAAAACUGCUUUGCUAUCAGUAUUUGAAGCUGGAAAUAAGGAGUUGUCCAAGUUGCUUGUAACUUACGGUCACACAGAAAAGUUAUCAAACUUUAAUGAAACUAUGUUAUAUUAUGCGUGUAGGUUAGGUCUGUGUGAUAAAGUAAAGAUGCUCCUACAAAAUGGGACUGAUAUUAAUAAAAGAUAUAAGUAUGGAUACACCCCUAUGAUAUUGGCAGAUAUUGGUGGAAAUGAUGAUUUAUCAGAGUAUCUUCAAAAUCACAUAUGCUUUGACAAUCAUACAAAGAGUACUCUAUUCUCUCACGAAAGUACAAGAAUAGGAUAUAUUAUGGAAACAGAGGAUUAUGCCAUAUUGAACCACGAUCAUAUUAGGAGGAGAGAGCACUAUGAAACUGACUAUAGAUUGAAAGAACUGUAUCAGGCAUGUAUAAGUGGAGAAUUUAAAUUACACAUUUAUGAAAUGUUAUAUAAUGAGGUACAGGUUAAUUGUUUUUUCAGCCCCAACGAACCCUAUGUAUCCACUUGGUUUAAACAAACUCCGCUGUGUUUGGCAUGUAGAAAAGGACAUUCGGAAGUAGUCAAAAUACUGUUAAAAUAUGGAGCAAAAGUAGACUUGACUGUUGAAGAAGAUGAUUUUCAAGAAGAUGAUGGUUUGUCUCUGACAAUUCGAUAUGGAUACACUCCAUUGUUUGCUGCAUGCCAACGAAAAUAUUAUGAAAUAGUUGAUAUGCUUUUAGAAACAGGAGCAAACUUAAAUAAAGCUUUGUAUGACGCAUGCAGAGAAGGUUACUUGGACACUGUUCAAUUUCUUCUACAAAAAGGAGCGCAAGUUAAUUUAAUUGGUCGGUAUGGUCAAACAGCUUUGUAUGGUGCGUGUAUUAGUGGACACUAUACCAUAGUUGAAUUUUUGAUCGAUCAAGGGGCUGUUACUGAUAUAAAGGUUCAAAGAGCAAAUAUUUUAAACAAAAAAACAUGCCUUCAUGCUGCAUACUUGUAUGGCAAUCAUAAAAUAGUACAACUUUUAAUAAAUAGAGGGGCUUCUGUUGAUACAGUUGAUAGUUUUGGGCGAACUUUGCUUCAUAAAGCGAGUAGAGACGGAAACGACAAAAUUGUUAAAAUACUUGUGGAUAAAGGGGUUGAUAUAAAUGCCUCUGACUCGUACGGCUCUACACCUCUCAUAGCGUGUGUAUUACAAAGUAUUGAGGAUAAUCAUGGGGAAUUUUAUUUCCAUCGUAAAAUGGAAAAAUAUAAGUUAUAUGAGGAUUUCGGUCAACUGCAUGAAGAUUAUCCCAAUCAACUAUACGAACAUAAUGAUCAUUUUGGAUCAAAAUACAAAAUUCUAACCGAAAAUCACUAUAAAGUCAUUCAGCUACUUAUUGAAAAUGGGGCCGAUAUCAAUAAGGCUGAUAAAAUAGACAGAACACCAUUGUCUUUAGCUAGGAAGAUCGGGGAUAUGAAAUUGACUGAAAUGUUGUUACCUCAAAAGCGUUUACCGAUUGAAGAGAACAAUGUGCAGGGAUGGAACCAGGUUUCUAUAAAAAGGAGUAGGCGUAAUUUCAAAAAAAGUAAACACUAGUAAAAGUGAAGUUAAACCUUAUUGGCUGAUUUUUUGUUAAUAAUGAUAUAUUUUGGAUUUGGGGAGGGGGGGGGGAUCAAUGUAAAUUAUAUUCAUACAAGAAAAGAAGGUAAUGUUCUGUGUGUUACUUAUUCAAAAAUACCUGUAUAAGAAAAGUUCAAAGUUAAACAAGCAGAAUUAUCAGCUAGCUUAUCACUGGUUCCCCAUCUGACAAAACAAAUAGUGGAUCUAGAUAUAACUAUUUUUGGAUUGGUAAUUAUAAGUAAGGACAUUAUAUGAUGUACACAAUGUUGAUUUAUAUGUACAAGUUUGUUUUAGUACUCUUAUACUGAUAUGGGUAUGACAAUAUUCUUCUUGAUACAGGUUUUUGGUUUGAAAAAGAAAAUGUUAAUAAGCAUGUCACAAUAUAUAAGAAUGAGCCGUUCAACCUAUAGCUAAUUUCAAGAACAAAAUCUUCCAGAAUGUACAUGUGUAAAUAAAGGCAACAGUACUAUACCGCUGUUAAAAAGCCAUAAUUCGAUUGAGAGAAAAAAAAAAUCCGGGUUACAAACUAAAACUCAGCGAAACAUA